CUUCAUCUCCCAAUGUCAACACAGAACGUCCUCUUCAUCGGUGCCUCCCGUGGUUGCGGCUUCUAUGCCGCCCUUCCUGUUCUCAAGGCUGGCAGGCGUGCAACAUUCCUCCUCAGAAAUCCCGACACUCUCACCUCCAACCCCGAGUUCCAAGCGCUCACUCCCGAGCAGCAGCAGAAUGCAAUCCUCGUAAAGGGAGAUGCAUAUGUCCGAGAUGACAUUGUUCGUGCUGUGGACAGAGCUGGCGAGGGGAUGGACACCGUCGUGUUCAGUCUCGGUGUGCGGCCUUCUGCAUGGCCCAAGAUUACCUGGUCUCGUGGAAUAAUUCUUGAUCCCUCUCAGCCCUGCGCCCGUGCUAUUGCCAUCCUUCUCUCCGUGCUGCAGGAUCUGAACCGACCCGGGUUGAGGCUUGUUAUCAUAUCCACCAUGGGUCUUGGAGAAAAAUACAAGGAAUUGCCAUUCCUACUGAGGGGUUUGUUCUACGGUUGGCUGCUCAAGGAUGCACACAUCGACAAGGAGGCACUUGAGUACCUAUCCCUUCGUAGCUCCAAGUAUCCUACUCCCGCGCACACACCACCGGAGGUCGCAAUCCCAUCCUCGGCCGCCUCCCUGCGCUCAGACUGGCUGGACGAGCUCGUCAUCGUACGUCCCGCGCUGUACACGGACGGGAAUGAGGUGCCAGAGAAAGUGCGCGCUGCACCGGUUGUGAAAGGCUCAUAUACAAUCUCGAGGAAGGACGUGGGUGGCUUCAUCGCCAGGGAGUGCUUGAAGGGAGAGAACAAGUGGAUUGGAGAGAACGGCGUCGUGCUGGCCUACUAGAUCAGGCGCUCUGCAUUGCAAUGGACUGCACACUCGCUCAAGUUUGAAAACUGUGUCUCGUGCGUCUCUCGCUCGUUGUCAGUAUAACCUACUUUGGAUAAAUGUACAGUUAUCC